CCCCCUUCUCUCGCGAAACCAAGGCGUACGCACGUUCUGAUGGCGACUAUCAAGAUGGAUGGUUACCCUUCUGGGGCCCCGAAGGCAAAGAGAGGCCAUCCCGGCCGAAUCGUCACCGACAGGGAGAAAAUGCUGAUCAAAGGAUGGACCAAUCGGUACUGUCAGACAUGAUGAUCUGUGAGUAGUGCAUUGCCCUACUGCUAUUUGUUCAGAUUGGCGUUGAACCGAUGUGUUUCUUCGCCGCCAGCCGUGAGUCAGUCAAAGAGCCGGCUUCAAGGCCCAGUUCAAGGCUUCAUUCCUGCAUCCACGACUGUGUUGUGUGUGUUCAGGCCAACCGCACCACCCGUGGUCAGUAUCUGACUGUCGUGGAGAUCGCAUCUAUCACCGACAUGCAGCUGCCCACACACCUCAACCCGCCAUCGAUGAUGGUACACAUUGGACAGAGCCACGACCAUGAUACUUCUUUGAAGGAUCUUUCCUGCCUCCUUGCAGGGCCCCACUCAGUCGCUGCUCGUGUGGCUGCAGUGCAGCCUCGUCCACCUCAGCAGCGGAACUUUCUAUGGGCGCACAGUGGCCACCCAACGCACUCAGAUCAAGGGCGGCAGACAGAGAGGGGAGGGGCAGGCGGGUGCAGGCGUCGGUGUUGGGCCGCUGCCACCAACCAAUGAGGUCAUCCAAGUGGAUGUGCAGCAGGUGAGUGAGACAGGAACGCAUCCACGAGUAUGAGGUGCCUCAUGUGUGUGUGUGUCCAUGUGUCUGUUUGUAUGGCUUCGAUCAGUCAGUGGUGUUCCACACGAAUGUCGAGGACGUCGACAGCCGCCUGUUGAUCGAAAUUGUCGCACAACCGAAUGACACGUCGCCAAGUGAGACAAGAGAUACAUAAACAACACAUGGAUCACAUCCACCCCGUCUCGGCUCCUGCCUUCAAUUAUGUACCAGAUUCGACUUACAGCGAGCCCGUGUCGCUCGGCUGGACAAUGCUCGAGUACCUGCACUCUCCCAAAUCACGACCGGCAGCCCCCUCAGCCUCACGUGUUCUCGCUGGCACACCGCGGCUGCUGGCUCUGUCCGCCACACACGUACACAACACAACACAAGCAUGUCUGCACCCACAAAGAGAGAAAGUGAGGGUACAUUCAUUGACCAUCCACACAUGCAUUGCAGGCCGCCCCAUCGAUCAUCGACGGCCUUCCCUCCGUCGCCACGCUCACCACACUCACCUACGAAGCUCCCCCACCAUCCCUCGCCCCCGCAGAAGUGUCAGCACCCGACACAGCCCCGCGGAUCAUGCCGCCGCGUGAGGCCAUGAUGACGCUUCUUCCAGCCGACUGCCCCUAUGUGGUGGGCAGCCGGCUGCCCGGCCUGGUGGAGGAUGGCAGGAAGGGCAGAGUGGAUGGCAAGGGCGUGUUGGGGCGUGUGGUGCCGUGCCUGACGUGCGGGUGCUCCGUGGAGGAUGUGAUGCUCGUGCGUGAGACAGACAGGAGAGAAACUAGACAGCGAGAACACACACCCUUCUCUGAUUUUUGCAGGAGGCGGGUGAUUUCCGGUGGUGGGAUUGCUUCCUUGUGUCUCUCAGGGAGGUCCACUACAAGUGAGUUAACAUGAGAAUCACACAUACACAUCGAGACACAUGCAGGCAUUGUCUCCUCUUUGCCAGGAUGAUGAGCGGCAGUAUCGAUGAGCGUCAGGCCGACUUGGGUCCCAAUGCGGUGACCAUAACGCAGCAGUGCAUCUACUUCGGCCUCCACAACGGGCUGCACUUCCUCACCAGCCCCUCAGACAACGCACUGGCCGUCCACCCAGUCGGCCAACACCAGCAGCCGCAGCAGAGCCUGGUGCUGCAGGCGCCGUCGGCACUGCGGUUGAGAGACGUACCGUGUGACGCCGAUAUUGCUAUUGUCUAUGAGGUGGUGGCCAAGGUGAGUCAGGCCGUAUCGGAAGGGAGUGCACUGCACACGCAUAAUAGCUAUACGCAUUUAUUAUACAUAUACAUACACAUACAGACAUACACAUACAUGUAUACAUAUCUGUAUGUAUGUAUACAUGUAUGUAUGUAUGUAUCUCCGUGUGUUGUGUGUCAGGUAGAGUUUGAGAUAGGCGGGUCGUUCCAGGGCCAGCCUUCCGUGCCGGCGAGAAGAGAGCAUGCCGACGUCAGGGUGGGCUGGGGACUCAUCUUUCCAUUCCGCCUUCCGAGACCACUCGUGCAGGCCGCCAUGACAGCAGACCCACACAAAGGCAUCCUCCUUGAAAGGUAAACAACACAAUACACGAUGCAGAGGCAGGGAAAACUGAUAUGAAGGGCUAGCUUCUCCCUCCCUGCCAGGUCGUUGUUCCACGGCCCAGGUGUGGGUGUGAGUGGCCAUCGUGUGUGGCGGCGGCCGACAGAGAUGCCGCCUCUCACACUGUCCUUCCGUCUAGCGGGUGAAAUCCUCAGCAAGCUGCAGCAGUACAGCAUUCCCAUCGAGCUGGACAUCGACACAACCGAGGAUACAGAACCCCCAUCAGCACACUUGACCACCCCACAGGCACCACCCACACCAAUCCUCCCGCCGUCAACGCUGACCCGCGGCCCCCCAGCACCCGUCAUCCGACCGCCAGCGUCGCCGUCAUUCGAUGAAGGCAUGAAGGAGCCGUGGCAGCAACAACAGCAGCAGCAGCAGCUGCAGCAGCCAGAGAGGGGGGAAGAGGAUAGGGGCGGGGAUUAUGGUGUGCCUGCGCCUGUGGCGACUGCUGCUGCGACUGAGAGACCGCCCUAUUAUGUCGGUGAGAGAGGCGCCUUGAGGGACUCAGCUGUGCAGGUGGACAGCCUGCGGCCUGGCCAAGCGGUGCAGCAGGACGAAUGGAUACCCGAGAUGGCCCCCCCGUCUCUCCCCUCACACCCACCACAGCAGCCACCGCAGUCACCCCCUUCCACUGCAAGGCAGCUCACGAAAGAUGAACUGGAACAGUGAGCUGAGACAAGACAUGACAUGGCGCGAUCAUCUUUUCCAUCAAGUGCCAUUUCUGUGUGUCAUGUCUGUCUGUAUAUGGUUGAUCAGGUUGGCGGCCGAGGGCGGCUCCCCCUUCUCGUAUCUGAACGCCCUGCUUGCCCCCCGGACCCUGCCAUUUCCCUCACCAUUCUCGUGGCGCAAGGAGAUCACCGACACGCUGCAGAGCGACAGCAUAUCGCUCCACUUCCUCGCUCUCCGAUUCAAGUCCCCCCACGUGGUGCCGCCAUCACAUGGGUCCACAGACACCGCCAGAGUGCACCUCAGUCUGCGGUUCUUCUGCUUUGGUGCGCAGAGCAUACAUACCUUCUUGUGUACAAGCCAAUGUUCUAUGUGAUUCGCAGAGAGGAGGAGCACGGCGGUCGCUUUGGUGCCGAUUGAUGUGGAGAGCAGGGGAGCGUCUCCCGUGCUGUAUUGUCUGAGAAGUGAGGGGAGCGGAGAGGGGCUGCUGGUGGAGUUUCCCCUGAGAGACAUCGAACGGGGAAGAGAGGGCACGAUGGUGCACCUGGCCCUCUGUGAAUACUUGCUCAAGGCACAGAUGCAAAUCGAAGUAAGUGAGUGGAUCGGUGUCGCACACAGACACAGACACAGUCAGAGACAGAGACAGAGACAGAGAUAAGAAUGUCUCGCUUUGUAUUUUUUCACAGCUGUGGCACUCCGACGGCGGUUUCAUAUUGGCGUCCACUCGGCUUCCGCUGCACCCCCUAAUUCGCCAGCAGCAGCCCACAGUGACACACACCAUCGAGGCCAUUCUAUUCGACCCCCUCAACCACCAUGCCAUCGGCACUCUUGCCCUGUGCAUCACCAACAGGGGCCGGGAGACACAACAACAGCCACCACCACCCCUUGUUCGCACCAGUCCACCCAGCUAUGUGACGAUCCGGCCGGCGAGCCUGAGACAAGAGGCCGAAGAGCGGGCUCUAGGCACCAAGUUGGUCAGCGAGAGGGCGAGAAAGGAGAGGCGUGUGGAACGGUUGUAUCUGGAGCGGACGGGACACACACCGGCGAGGGCGAGGGAGGGAGAAAGGACGGACUCCGACCUGAUGGAGGUGGUGACGGCACUGAGAGAGGAGAGGAAACCGCAGCUGAUCCUCAAACAGCUGAGAGACGCGAGUGCAGCCACAGGAAGGCCCAGCGAGACACGCGUGAGUGAGGAUGGAGCAUUACACACACAAACGGUCGGACGCUGUCCUGCAUGUGUUUCCUGUGUGUAUCAGAACGUGGUGGCCAUCACUGGCCAGCCAUCUUUCUUCUAUGUGGAGGUGGACAACAGCUCACAGGCAGACAUCCGGUGCAGAGUCACCAUCAAACCGACAAACACCGACCCCCCGUUCCUUUCCCUGCCCGAGCAGACGUACGCCCCACCGCUCACACAGACCCCUUUAUUCCACCUUGACAGCGACCGACAGAAAUCCCCGUCUACCCUGCAAAGUGCUGCCGAGCGGGCAUUCCACUCGGCUUUUCACGGCAGCGGCAUGCAAGUGGUGACCGACCCAGAAGAGUGGCGGUGUCUGGUAACUGAGAGGGACUUCCCCGCGCCACCAGGCGGCCGCUACGAUGUCUUUGAGCGAGAGGGGGGCGGCGGGGAGGCCGUGUGUGUUCAGCUGAAGGCGCACGAGCAGUGUGCUGUGCCGAUCAGGUGCUUGUGCUUGUGUCUUGGAGAGGGUGGUGUGGUGGGCGAGGGGAAGGAGGGCAGGUGUGUGUAUGAGGUGCUCAUCGACCGGCUUGACGGGGCACUGCUGCACGACAUCCGUGUGGAGGUGGCUGUGCUUCCGCCGCCUGUGGACCGGACAGUCAGGCACUUUGCCAGAGAGGCGACGCCCAUAGAAAUGGACCUCAUGCUGCCGGCCCCUCUGCCAAGAGAGUCGCCCUUCUUCACCUCUCGCACCAACCACAACACACAAGGUAUGGACACAGUGAAGGAGAGGCAGGCAGACAAAUAGGUCACAUGUGUUCCAAUUGCAGGGCCUCCUUCCCAGUGGUACGCAGUGCACUGCACUGACUCUUCUGUCGCCCUCAGCUACCCGGGCCGGUCGACGCUGCACCUGCAGAUUGGCCACAUACCAUCACGCACCAGAGGCGUACUGGCUUUCUACUUGGUGUUGUAUGGCGAUAAGGGGCAGCUGCUGAGCGGUGCUGCGCUCGUAUGGGAGAUACUGGUCAGUCAGCACACCACAGCACACCGUGUAUGUAUGUCUGUCUGCACAUAUAUUACUGUUGCUGAACCCUGGCAGCUUCACGUGUUGCCCCACGAACAUCUGAGUGGCACCAUCGGUCAAACCUUGACCAAGCCGCUCUUCGUUCCGCCCACAUCUCCAUCCCUGACCUUCUUCUCGUCGCUGCCGUCGUUGGUCGGCGUUGGUGGGCGGCCAGAUGCGCCGCUAAUCGAGGCUACUCCACUGCGUACGGGAACACACCGGGCGCUCAUUCAGGCUAUGACGAGGCCACGAGGUGGAGAGGGAGGGCAGCAAGGGACCCUCAGAUGGGUGGGUGGCUGCAAUCAGUCGAUGUCUGAGUCGUAUAUGGUGAAUGUCUUCUGUCUUUGUGUUUCUCUGUGUAGGUGGUUGAAGUGGAGUCGUCGACCCCUCGUCUAUCGCGUGCCUACAGUAUGUCUCUGCCAUUGCGCUCGCCCGUCGCCAUUAGGAGGCGACUACAGUACACAAACACAGUGCCAGCGGGAGAUGACGAGCGUGGCGGUGGCAGACCGGUCAAGUAUCUCCUCAGAAGUUCUGACCCGACUCUGAUGGAGGUGAGCCGCACAGGCGCAAAGAGACUAAGAUAUACGACAUGGAGUCUCAGAGAGACAUGGCGAAUUUCGUCUGUUCAGGUGAUGACAGGUCAGAUCGUUCUUGGUGCUGGGGAGGAGGUGUCCAUCGAUGUGGUUUUUGCACCGUCAUUGGCACUGCCCUUGCCUUCUCCCAUACUGGAGUCACGCAAUGGUGACGCCCCUGCUGUCAACGUAUUUAUUUUGAUUUCAUGUGCUGCUGAUGAAAAGAUCAAGGUCGGAAAGAAAGACAAUCACACGAAAUCUGCCAAAAGCGCAUAUGUCGUUCUCCCUCUCGCUGUGGGUACUGCAGGAUUGCCGGUUGAUUCGUGUGAGCUAUAUAGAAUGAUACUAUUGGCAGAGUCUGCCGUCAAUGUUGGGUGACAUCCAUUUCUUGUCAGUCUAAACCUUUGAAGGAUGUGGAGGUGGUGUUGGCUCUGUGUCGCAUCUACCUGUAUCCCUCCGUGUCUAUGCCCUAUGUUCAGCGUCGCGAGAUGACUGCUGCUCAAAUGAGUGGGUUGGUCGCUUCAUGGCCCAUAUGGACAGCCCGACAGACCGACAGCAAACACGUGUG